UCCAACCACAAAGUCAUGCACGGUCUCGCCUCCUCGUUUCAUUCAUCCACGCCUCUUUGUUUUGGCAGGGCCAGUGCAGUAGCACAGAAUGGAGCCAUCAGCGCUGUGACGUCGUCAACAUCCAAGCUUGAUUUCAAUCAAUGCUCGUCUUCGCCGCCUAUUGCCACUUCACGAAAUUUUGACAACAAUAGCGUUCGUGUUACGAGAAGUCGAAGCAAAGAAGCUAAAAAAAUUACAUCCAUCAACGUUGAAGAGGCAGACGAAUCGCAAAAGAUGGUGUCUUCUGCCCUCAAACGAUUUUGCAUGAAGGAGUUGGAGAACAUCGUCCAAAGCCGGUUGGAAGCCGUAGUUAGUCAGCAUCAUUACAACACUUGGCUCCGAGAACAAGUGGAUGAAACCGAGGUACAGCUUGUGAAAUAUCAAAACCGGAUUGACGCUAUUCAGAAGCAUGUAAAUGAUCUGUCUGCCGUUAUUCGUCAGUACGCAAUAAGCUCAGAAGGUGAGAGGGAGCCACCGAUGAAAUUAACGAGGAACGUUGGUCUUCAAGUGCGCAUUAAAAAUAAGCCGGAUAGUAUACCAGUCUAUGAGGUUGAAGAUGUACAGUCAGGCCACACGUCUUCAGGAGAGGAGUCAAUGGCUUCAGUAGAUGUUUCUGUGUCUUCCACAACCACGCAAGAUUGGCCUACACCAACGUCUUCAUCGGACGUGCAAAACGAUCAACAUUGCACUAUAAAAUCGCUUAAAAUAGGAGGGCAAGUAGAGUCCCAUCAGACCUUGCCGCUUCCAGUAGAAAUUGAUUUAACGGAACUUGAUGAAGACACGACUGAACCUACAAUUAAUCCAUCUACUAGUUCUCCGCUACCAACUGAUCAGACUGCUUUUCUUCUGUCCAAGAAACCGACAACUAUUUGUAGCCAACCUGAAGCGUCACCUUUUUUAAUGUCUUCGUCCAGUUGUGUCACCCCUCCAGCGUUACCCAUAACACAGGCCAUGAAUUUCACAGCGGACCGCACGUUGCCUUGGAUCACGAGUGAUAACGUCACCUUACUUGUACCUCCAUUGAACAAAGACAAAUCUGCUAACGCGACUGAAAAUUCGUUAAUGGGUAGGUCCCCUUCGUUACAACCAUCAUGCCAAUCAGCUGAAUUCAGCCACGCAGCUGUAUCAUCAACUAUAUCCAUUCAAAGACGUAGGUCUUCUUCAUCGCAUGAAAUUGCAAAUGUAUUAUCGCGUUCUUCCAUCGAAACGCCUCCAUCAGCUGGUACAUCGGUUCAGAAUGUUGCCACGCCGAAAAAGAAUUCACCUGGCGAUUUCUAUUCUCACCCUGAUCGAAAGCGUCGUUUAUCCUGUCGCAUUUCAACUUUAGAUGCUUCGACUAUAGCUUCAGUCGAGAGAUACCACAAAUUAAUAAAAAAAUACUGGUAUAAUUCAACAACGCAUCAGCCUAUUGGAAUUUCGCCCCUGCACAUCCAUCGGCAAUCUACGAAAAACGGGUUGCUCCUUCGGUUGUUGCAGAAGUUGGGAUACAUGUCCAAAGGAUGCCGAUCCUUAAACGAAGGCAGCAGCAGGUGGAAGCUUCCAUUGGUUGCCGGGUCCGCGCAAAAGGGGCGUUCCACUCAACAUCCUCCUCCGCCCAAGCCACAGACGCAGCAACAAUUUCCAAAGGAACUAAAUAGUGGUCCGCCACCAUUGAUCGGUAUCCAUGAAGAGAGUCUUACCAGAGAAACAUGCACGCCGGAUUUGCAUAACACUUCUCCGCCGCUGUUGAAACCUGUCCCUACACAGCAAGAACGGCACACCUGCGAAAGUUUGACGUCACACCCUGAUGGCUACCCUGCUCAAUUAGAGUUGCCAAAAUCGGAUAGAAGAAAAAGAAACCUUCCUGAUCUGAUAGCUAUCUCGAAUGAAGGAAUGGCUUCCCAUUCUCAUAACGUAACUGCGCUAAAAGUUUAUGAUUUGAAUAAUUUUACAAUGUUUAAACCAGUUUUAAAACUAACGCGGUCUGAAGAAGGAAUCCAAAUCGAAUGGACAAUACCGAUGUUGCCUCCUGAUCAGCUUAAUCAAAUUGAAUCUUACCUUCUAUAUUCUCGGAAAGAAAAUGACAUUUCUCCAUCAAUGAACACUCCCUGGUUUAAAGCAGCUGUCAUCUCAGCACUUCCUCUACCAAUGUGUUUCAAGCUAACAGAGCUAACUCCUGGCUAUCGUUAUCAUUUUCAAAUUGGUCCUGUUCUUCGAUGGUGCCAAAGCGACAUUCCAUUCAGUAAUCCAGUUUCCAUCAACGAAUGACGUAGAAUACUCCAUCAGGUGGCAAGCACUGAUAAAAUCAAAUGAAACAGACGAAACCAACCAAAGUAGAUUUCCAAAAAAUAUCAAAACCUUUUUCGCGUGACUGUCUGUUACAACCAGGGUGCGUCAACCCGAAUGGCAACUUAUGUUAAUUUUAAAGAGGCAGAAAACCUGUCGGUACAAUGGCAUUGUCCUUGUCCUUGUUUGACGUUAUUUUUUUUUUUUUUUUUUUUUACCUUGAAGGCAAGAGAAAUACAUGGAAACAGAAAGGU